CUGAAGUAGAGCAGAACUUGUUUCCGUGAUCAGUCGAGCCUAUUUUUGCAGCGCACAAUGCAGAAUCCAGCAUGGACGAGAGCGCGCAGCGGAUACUGGAGCAUCUGACUGAAGUAGAGGUUGCUGCAGAAGACAUACUCUCUGACAAACAACAGAUAGUGGAUCUGGAUCUGCGGAGAAACAGGAAUCGAGAAGCUCUCGGCGCUUUACGACAUCAUUCCUCACACGAUAAUGUUAAGGUGUGUUUUGGAAAUAUGUUCAUCAAAUUCCCCCAAGAGCGCACCAGAUCCAUGAUCCUUAAAGACCAAGAACAGCUGGACAAGGAAAUAACUGACCUCCGCAAACGGCUAAAAGCAAAAGUAAAUCGUUUCAAUGAGAUACAAGGUAAGCCUGAGCUGAGAGGAUAUAACCUUGCCCCUCUGAGCAAUGAUGAGAUGAAGGCGAUUAACAGCCUCCUUAAGAAAUGACAUUCGUCUUGAACCUGGAAACAUUUGCACUGAACUGAAGUAACGCAGACCACCGUGACUUUACCGACUGGCUCACACGGUCGGUCUUCUCAUCGUUCAGUGCUUUUGAUUGUGUUUAAAGGUCUUGCUUGUGUUUCGUGGAAUGAGAAGCAAAACUGAACUGUUGAAGAGCAUAAUGCAAAAAAAAGAAAAAAAGAUUAUACAUAGCAAUCAAAUUCAAAUUCAAAUGCAGUGUCUGAAAACCCAUUAACAUGCUUAUUUCUGCUGUAAUUAUGUGUGAUUUACAUGUUCUAAAAAUUGUAUUCUUUCUACUCAAUAAACUCAAUGGUUCAUCACUUUA